CCCACUUGACUCAUGUUCAAUAUCCUCAUCCCAUAAUCUCAUACUUUCCUUCCACACUUCUCUAUAGUCUCAACAUUCAAAACCCAAAAUGGGUUCACAAGCUCCAACAUUCACCAUACUCAUAGUCAUAGUCCUAGCUUGUAUAUCAAGCGCACUAGUUUCUGCACAAAACUGCGGGUGUGCAGCAGGCUUGUGCUGCAGCAAAUGGGGCUACUGUGGCACCACUUCCGCCUACUGCGGGGAUGGGUGCCAACAGGGUCCUUGUUAUUCAUCAACAACCCCAAAACCAACCCCAAGUGGUUCUGUUUCGGUCUCGGGUUUAGUAACUGAUGCUUUCUUCAAUGGUAUCAUAAGCCAAGCAGGCUCUGGUUGUGCUGGUAAGAAUUUCUAUAGCAGAUCUGCUUUCUUGAGUGCUGUCUCUCAUUAUCCCCAGUUUGGUACUACUGGAUCCUCUGAUGAUGCUAAGCGGGAAGUUGCUGCUUUUUUUGCCCAUGUCACCCAUGAAACUGGACAUUUUUGCUACAUAGAGGAGAUCCGAAAAUCAACUUACUGUCAAUCAAGCAGUACAUGGCCAUGCAACCCUAACAAGCAAUACUACGGCAGAGGACCGAUUCAGAUUACAUGGAACUAUAACUACGGUCCAGCAGGUCAAAGCAUUGGAUUCGAUGGUCUAAAUGCACCUGAAACAGUUGCUAACAACCCGGUUAUAGCCUUCCGGACAGCCUUCUGGUUUUGGAUGAACAAUGUGCACUCUCGGAUUGUCUCGGGUCAAGGGUUCGGAUCAACUAUUCGAGCGGUCAAUGGCGGAGAAUGUGGUGGUGGUAAUGCUGCAGCUGUUCGUGCACGUGUAGGGUACUAUACUCAGUAUUGUAAGCAGUUUGGAGUGUCUCCUGGAAAUAACAUUUCCUGCUAAUUAAGCCCUGCUAUAAACUUAUGUAUACGUCAGCUCACUAUAUGAAGUGUGAGUGUGUGACUAAGAGGAAAAUAAAUAUUCAUGUCAUGUGAAUUUUGAAGGUGUGAGCUAAGAAUCAAGAAGUUCUAAUGUUCAAAUGUUUGUUAGUAUGUGUUGAACUGGCCAGACCGGUUUUAUGAUAACUUUUCAUUA